AUGGUAUAUCGUCGGAGAACAUGUUACACUUUCGGGAUGCAUAUCCGCGGCUGCAUCCAAGAGUGGAUUUGUUGCGAGCAUUCAAUUCUGGGUGCUGGUGUUUACGGAAACGUUCGUACCCCUCACAAUGGAUUUCCAAAAGCUUCUUUCCCAGGGCUUGGGACAUCGCCUACGGAUCUGAUUAACGACUAA